AUGGAUUUCAAACCGGGCGACAAGAUAUUCGCCAAAAUGAAAGGCUACCCACAUUGGCCAGCUCGUAUUGAUGAAGUACCCGAUGGAGGAGUUCGACCUCCAAAAGGGAAAUUCCCUAUUUUCUUCUAUGGUACCCAUGAAACUGCUUUUCUUGCACCUAAAGAUAUUUUCCCAUAUGAUAAAUUUAAAAACAAAUAUGGCAAUCCUCAAAAGCGAAGAGGAUUUAAUGAAGGAUUAUGGGAAAUACUAAACAACCCAAAUGUUAAGUUCCAUAAAUCAUCAGCUGCGCAAAAAGCAGCUGAUGAAAAUGCCCAGGCUAUGGCCACAGCUGCUGUUGCUGCUGCAGCUGCUGAAGCUGAUGGUGCUGAAGAUGAAGAGGAAGAGAUGGAAGUUGAAGCAGCUAACAAAGAGAAAUCAGGUGCUAAAGGAAAAGCUGGAGCCAAGAAACGUCAGUCAACCAAUACAUCAGCUGGUAAACCUCCUUCAAAGCGUGCCAGAAAAAGUACUCCUGCUCGUUCAAAAUCUCGUGAUUCCACUGCUGCUGCUGAUUAUGAAUCUGAGCCUGCAGCUAAUGAAGAGGAGGAAGAGGAGGAGGAAGAAGACUUUGAUGAAGGGUCAGCUCCUGACACAGAUAAUUCAGAUGAUGAGGAUUUCCAGAUUGAAGAUGAUGAGAAAAAAAGUAAAAGAGGACGAGGACGUGCCUCAAAGACAGGACCAAAAGGAAAAGGUGCCAAGAAGGCAGAAGUUUCUGAUAGCGAGUCUGAUAAAUCUGAUAAAGAUUUUUCUGAAGAAGAAGAACAAGACAAUGAUGAUGAUGACUAUGAUGAAGAAAAACCUAAAACAAAGGCUAAAGCAAAAAGGAAAGCUACACCAGCCAAAGGUCGAGGUGCAGGUGGUGUUAAAAGAGCCACUAAUCGUCGUUCUUCUGGUGUUGGUCGAGGUGGUCGUCGGCAACCCAAAGCUUCUGUGGAGGUCAGUGCAGACAGCAUUUCCUCUUCUAGUGAUAGUGAUGGUUCAGAAGACCUUGUAAGCAGUUGGAAAAAACGUGAUGAAGAGAGAAAAAAAGAGAUUGAACGGCUCAUGAAGCUGGAUGAAGAGAGAAAAAAGCAAGAGGAGGAAGAGCGUAUUCAAAAGGCUACAGAAGAAAUGAUUAGGGAGAGAGAGCAAAAGGGUGAGGAAGAGAGUGAGGAGGAAAAAUCUCCGCAAAAAAAAGAAAAGGCCUCAGCUAAAAAGGAAAAACCCAAAAAAGAAACUAAGAAAAAGUCAAAAGAGGAGUCAGCUCCUAAUAAAGGUCGUCGAAAAAGUAAAAAGGUAGAUUCUGAUUCUGAAGCAGAAGAUAAAAAGACUUCUGAAGCCGAAAACAAGACUCAGGUAAAAGAGAAGGCAGAGAAUGUUAUAGAAGCAAAGGAAUUAGAUCAGUCAAAAACAGAAACAGCUCCUACUUCACCCACUGCCCCUGUUUCUACCUCUGCUGUGACCAAGGAAGAGCGAGACAGUGAGGAAGAGGAUGUCAUUACUCCAAAGAGAAAACGUGGUGCAACUGCAAAACGAAAGAAAGAUGUAGCGGAUGAUGACGAAGUUGACCGUGUACAUGCAGAUGAAGAGAUACCUAACAAUGAGAAUAAAGAUGAUAAAUCCCAAAGCAUUCAAAAUGAGAAAGUUAAAAGCAAAGAUGCUGAUAGCAAAAAUAAAAAGAACAAGACACAAGAAGAAAAUAAGGCUAAAGCGAAAGAUAUCAACAAGAAGGAGAAGUUGAAAGAAAAGGUGAAUAAAGAGCAAGAAAAGGUAAAAGAGAAAAAGUCUGACAAAUCUGGGGGUGGCAGUGGUCCAAGCAGCAGUCACAAACCAGGAACUCCAUCUGCUGCUGACAGCAGGGAUUCUGCUGACAAAGAUGAUGAUGAUGACGAGAUUCGCAGAAAAAAAAUGGAAAGAGAGCGAAGAAUAAUUGAAAAAGAGGAAGAAAAAGAAAGAAAGAAAAAGGAAAAGUAUGAAAAGAAGAAGAAAGAAAAAAUCCAAUUUUUACAAACGGAAUCAACAUUGAUACAAAUGGAUCUGGAAAUCAAGAAAUCUUUAGUAAUAGAUAAAACAGAUGUGGACAAGUGCAUUGCUAUCAUGGAAGAUUUGGAAGCUUUACCGGUAACACAAGUAAUGCUUAAGAAGAAUCCUGACAUAAUGAAUACAAUAAAAAAAAUCAGAAAAUAUAAAAGCAGUGAAAAAAUCAGGAAAAAAGCCGAGGUUAUUUAUCAUAAAUUUAAGAAUCUCUUUUUGGUUGCUGAAGGAGAAUCUUUUUCUCAGGUGUUCAGUCGUGAAGCUGCAGAAUUUAAGAAGCAGUUAGAAAAGGAAGAACGAGAGCGAAAAGACAAGGAAAAUAAAGAAAAUGAAAUUAAGCCAGCUGAAGGGAAACUUGAAGUGGAAAAUAAAGAAAAUGUCAACUCUUUGGAAAAGGUUGAUAGCAGCAUGGAAACUUCAGCUACUGUGGAUUCUAAUGUUUUGGAUGAAUCUGUCAAAGAAGAUGCUAAAUCUGUCACUUCAAAUAAUGAAGAAGCGAAAUCUGCUUCAACUGAAGUAACUGAAAAUAGAUCUGAGACACCUCAAUUAUCUGGGCAAGCUGCAUUAAAUGUUGCUGCUCCACCAGCUGGGGACAAUGUUGCAGCAACAACUGGACAAGAGAAAAAGACUGUAGACUCUACCUCACCUGUGAUGCCAUAUUCUUCAGCUACUGUUGCCACCAUAGACAAAUUGAUUUCUAACUUAGAUGAUAAAAAUGCUACUGAGUUGCGAAAUAAUGUUUCAGCAGGAUCUGAUAGCACUUCAUCUGCUACGACCACCACCACUACUACUACUGCUGCUGCUGCUCCAACACUGACAGCAGCUACAGCUGAUAAUGCGAAAAAUAUCCCAAGCAGUGACCCUGCUGCUCCAGUUGCAUCUCUGGCCAGUGUGCCUGUUAAAAAAAUAUUUGAUAAUGUAGACUCUGUAAAUGCUCCAGCAGCAACAUCAGCAACAGCAUCUGGAAUGAAUCCUAGAACGAGGACAGAUGAGAUGCAUGAUAGCAUUCCAGGUGUGGCUACGUCUUUGCUAUUGCAGCCGCUACCAACCUCUGCACACUUGGUGCAAUCGUCGCAGCAGCAGCAACAACAGCCAGUGUUAGCUUCACAUCCACAAGGUUCAGCUGCUGUUCAGCAUCCGUUACAGUCGCUGCCGCCAUUAUCCUCACCAUCACUUCAUCAUUCUGCUCCUCUCUCUCAAACAAGACAGUCAGAUUUUUUACCUCAGACAAGCCACUUGUCUCCAGCACCGCAAACACUGCCCAUUGUGGAACAGCAGCAACUGCAUCAACAACAGAAGCUUUUGUCACCGCAGCAACAACAACUACCUGCGCUACACCAACCACACAAGCUUCAAAUGGAUACCUCUCCAAUGUCCUUAUCAAACAUGCCUGGCCUUGCAUCAUCUCAGCUUUCCCAUACCCAACAAUCACAUGUGCCAUCAUUUCAGUCAUUAGUGCAGAAUCAGUUGCUCCCGCUGCAACCAUCUGGUGGUGGUACUACCCAAGUAGUUAUGCCAGCUUCCCAAUCUAUGAGCCCUGCUUCAGCUGCAGUUCCAACAUCGGGUCAAGUCAGCGGGCUGACCCACCUGCAACAGUCACAUACUAACAGCCCAAGCCUGUUGUCACAGCCUCAGUCACAUGUCUCUUCUAGCAUCCCUACAACAACCAGUGCCACCACCACUUCCAUGCCUCCUCACUCUAACACUGCUUCAGCUACUACUCCUUCAUCAAUGUUGGGACAGCUGUCCUCUAUCCAGCCACACUUCUCUUUGGAAAGCAGUCAGUUAUCACACUCAAUUGGGCCAAGCAGUCUAUCCCGCAAGGUGGACCAUCACCCACAACAGCAGCAGCCACCACAAAAAUUUGUUCCUGUUGCUGACUUCCGAGAUGAAGAUGAUGACAUGCUAGAGGAGCACCGAGACUUGGAAGCACGUAUUGCCCAAAUCAUCAAAGGAACAGAAUCUUAUGGUUAUGAAGACACUCAGCAUGCUGCUAGCCAGUAUGAACAAAAUUCAAAGAGUAAACAUUCAACAGAAACCACAACCUACUCAACUGCAACCAAUGCUGAUGAUGAUGAGGAAGAAGAUGAAGAGGAGGAGGAAGAGGAAGAUGACGAUGAUGAUGAACCGGCAUUUUUACUUUCCUUUAAAACCCUUAUCUCCCCCCUCUCUAUCUAUCUAUCUAUCUAUCUAUCUAUCUAUCUAUCUAUCUAUCUAUCUAUCUCUCCUUGA